AUGGACGUCACAUCCCCCUCUUCAGAAAACUGGAGCAGGAAGCGGAAAGGAAAGGAACGAGUUGAAAUGCUCUUUUGUGUUGAUGUUUUGAGCUGUUUAACGUUAAUUUGUCAAGUAAUUUAGAGCAAUUUGACAUCUAUUUAAUUAAAGAUUACAGGUCUCUUUGAAAAGCUGUCAAUACUAAGGGGGAAAUAACAGGAAAUCGACAUGAACCUAGAGCGCCUUCCAAAUGAGGAGAAACUCACCCUCUGCAGGAAAUACUAUUUAGGGGGAUUUGCAUUCCUUCCAUUCCUGUGGCUGGUGAAUGUGGUGUGGUUUUUCAAAGAGGCCUUUGUAAAGCCAACAUAUACUGAACAACUCCAGAUCAAAACAUAUGUAAAGCGUUCAGGGCUGGGGUUGCUACUGUGGGUUGCAGUACUCACCACAUGGAUAACCAUAUUCCAACACUUCAGAGCAGAAUGGGGUGAGGUGGGUGACUACCUCUCCUUCACCAUUCCACUUGGCAUUCCCUGAGACAGACAAGGCGGGAAACAAGAAAGCUUCCUACUGUAUAAAACUUGACCAUGACAGAAUUAAUAGACAAAUCUAACAGGUUGAAAUAGUUAAAUGUGUAGUUGAUCUCAAUGGAUAAUCAUGGUAAUUUUCUUCUGGGCUUUAAUGAGUGGGAAGUUGUCUUGUGAACACUGCACCUUUUUCCCCAAAUUGUGUGUAGUGUGUGGAUGUCUCAACACGUUUAAGUAAAUUUGGAAGGUUAAACAGGCGAAUGGUAUGUAUGACAAAAAUAAAUGGCAAAUUCAUAAACGUUCUAAAUUAAAUGGAAGUGUAUGCUUUUUUUAUUUGCUGUAAUAAAGUUUUGAGCUUAUAUGCUA